AAGGAUGUCACAUUUUCCUUUGGAGUUAUAUCAGAUUAUGGAUUCUGCUAUACUCAUAUAAGAGGAAAGAAAUUUAAAUACUAGCAAGUUUACUAUAUAAAAACAUAAUGGUAGAUAUGCAUACAAAUUCUUCUUCCAAACAUCCCAUAUCUCAUAUUGGACAAUUAGUAGUUACGCAUUUGGUAAGUCCAACCAGGGGAUUUUAUGAUCUGAGAUGUUUCGAGUGCAGGCUAGACCAUUUCACCUACUCAUCACAGGACGGCAAGGGAGGUCAGGCUGUGGACAAGGGUGUUUCCAAGAGAUUUCCUCGACGUAUCUCAUUGGCGGUGAAUCGGAGAACGGUCUAGCAAACAAAGAUUGGUUCUACAAGUUGAUAGUGUGAAAUUUCCAUACCAUAUAUGUCAGUCCUCAGGGGAUUCUGAACCCUCCAAAACUAGAAAGCUAAUAAAUGCAAGCAUAACGCUAGAAUUGCCACCAAGAAUUCAGUGAAUUUUGACGUCUCCAAGUCUCAGAUUCAGGUCCUGAAACCUGUAUAAAGUGUGAACCAUUUCCCCUCUACCUGUACUGUCCUAAAGAUAGCUCUCUCUCUUUUUUCUUGGUGAGGUCCUUCUUCUUGUUGGUUAACCAUGGUUAGAAGCAGCAAGGGUCGCCAAAAGUUGGAGAUGGUCAAAAUAGCUAACGAAAGCAAUCUAAUGGUAACCUUCUCAAAGCGUAGGUCCGGCCUUUUCAAGAAGGCUAGUGAAAUUUCAACUCUGUGUGGUGCUGAAGUCGCCAUCAUUGUGUUCUCGCCUGGCAAGAAGGUCUUCUCUUUUGGCCACCCUUCUGUUGAAAAGGUGGUGGAACGUUAUGUCUCGGGGAAUAUUCCCCAAACUUCAGGUGCUUUUCAUCUGAUUGAGGCUCACCGGAAUGCUAGGAUCCGUGAACUCAACAUGAAGCUAACUCAGGCGCAAAACCAACUGGAGAUGGAAAAGAAAAGAGGUGAAGAGUUGGACAAACUGAGGAAAGCUAGUCAGAGUCAGAACUGGUGGGAGAGUCCUGUUCAGGAACUUGACUUGGCACAGCUUGAACAAUUGAAAGCAUCUUUUCUAACUCUAAAGCAGAAUCUGGCCAGGCAAGCCCAGCAGAUUCUGCUUCAAAAUUCAGCUCCUCCACAGCCUUUUUUCUCUCCAAACCCCGGCACUGCCGGGAAUCUUCCCUUCGAUACCAGUAAUACAGGAUCCAACUCAAACAUGGCUGUGGCUCCAUUCAGUUCAAACACACCCAUGACUGCUUUCAACACAAACAUGACUGGGACUCCUUUCAAUCAAAGCAGCACAACAAUGACUCCUUAUGGAUACAAUCUUGGAUAUGGAAAUGGUUUCUUCUAGAUUCUUAAUAAUUCUGUUGAAAUAAUCUUAACCAUGGAACAGUUAGUGCAUUUACUGUUUAGAUGCAUCUAUGUGUUCUGGUUGAAUUCAGUACUGUGUUUGAGAUGCU